CGAAGCGCGGCGGCGGCGGCGCAUGCGCAUGCGCAGCGCCUGGGCUGACUCACCGCUCACUCGCCGCCAUUUUGAGCUCACUCGGCGCGUAGCGGGACGGCGAUCGCCGGUUUGUGAGACAUGGACGACGACUCGUACCCGCGGACUCUCUACGUGGGUAACCUCUCUAGAGAUGUGACAGAAGCCCUCAUACUUCAACUUUUUAGUCAGAUCGGUCCAUGCAAAAGUUGCAAAAUGAUUACAGAGCAAACCGCAAGCAGAAGGGUGAACUCUUCUGUUGGAUUUUCUGUUUUGCAGCAUUCAAGCAAUGAUCCAUAUUGCUUUGUGGAAUUCUUUGAGCAUAGAGAUGCAGCAGCUGCAUUGGCUGCAAUGAAUGGGCGUAAAAUAAUGGGUAAGGAAGUCAAAGUAAAUUGGGCAACAACACCAAGUAGCCAAAAGAAAGACACAACUAAUCAUUUUCAUGUGUUUGUGGGUGACUUAAGUCCAGAAAUAAGCACAGAGGAUCUAAAAUCUGCUUUUGCCCCCUUUGGUCGAAUAUCGGAUGCUCGUGUUGUAAAAGACCUGGCAACAGGAAAAUCCAAAGGAUACGGAUUUGUGUCAUUCUACAGUAAACUGGAUGCUGAAAAUGCAAUUGUGCACAUGGGUGGACAGUGGCUUGGAGGCCGGCAAAUUCGAACCAACUGGGCAACGCGCAAACCACCAGCUCCAAAGAGUGCACCAGAGAAUAGUUCUAAGCAGCUAAGAUUCGAGGAAGUAGUUGCUCAAUCCAGUCCUUCAAAUUGUACGGUGUACUGUGGAGGUAUAUCAUCAGGACUUACAGAACAACUUAUGCGUCAGACUUUCUCGCCAUUUGGACAAAUUAUGGAAAUCAGAGUUUUUCCUGAGAAAGGGUACUCCUUUGUCAGGUUUGCCACACAUGAUAGCGCUGCUCAUGCUAUAGUGUCGGUCAAUGGAACUACUAUUGAAGGUCAUAUUGUUAAAUGCUACUGGGGCAAAGAAACGACUGAUACUACCAACAAGUAUCAACAGAUGGAAUUUGCUCAGCCCUGGGGUCAGUGGGGCCAAUGGUACGGCAAUGCCCAACAAUAUGGUCAGUAUGUAGCCAAUGGUUGGCAGGUGCCCCCUUAUGGAAUGUAUGGACAAACAUGGAAUCAGCAAGGAUUUGGAGUAGAUCAAUCUCCAUCCACAACAGCAUGGGUAGGUGGAUUUGGUGCUCAGCCACCCCAAGGACAGGGUACAGCUGUUAUACCUAAUCAGGCUGGCUUUGGAAUGGCAGGCUACCAGACACAAUGAGCGGGGACUCAUUCUGUUUACCUCAUAGAGGAGCCAAGAUUUUUCUAAUGACAUCAAUAUUCACUGACACCAUGAAGAAAAUAUAGACUAUUUAUUUUAGAGCUGAAUAUUUUGAAAAUUAUAUCGCAGCUGAGCUCAUGGUGGAGGAUGUGAAGUAUUUCCCAGUUUCUUUUUCUCUGGAAUGGGGAGGGGCUGGGGAGGUGUGAAUAUAUAAUCUGUUAAUUGGUUUUGAAGAGCGAAGUAAUCGAGAAUGAUGAAUUUUAUUUUGAAAAUGAAGUGCUAUUGUGUCUGAAUUUAAAAAUAAAUACAGUGUUAGUGGGAAAAUGUCUACCAGACUUCUGACAAUCUUUUUUAAUUUGAACAUUCCUCUAUAUUAAUUACAUACUGUUAUAAAGGGAUUUUUAAUGCCUUGUCUCCCAAAACCAGGCUUAAUAUUAAGUAAAGUGAGUUUCUCAAUGCCACAGACCAACUAUGCUGUUUUAUCGGAAGUUCUAAAUCGCCCUUCGAUUAAUGUUUGACUUUCAGCUUUUGAGUUGGUUCUUUAGUUUCAGCAUCUAAUACCUGAAAAAGCCACUAGAGGAGGCAGCAUUUUUUAAUAGUGGGUUGCACUACACUCUAAAAAAUCAGGAAACUAUAAAAGAAGCACUAGCUAUAUUUGGAUUACUGGCAUCCCUUGCACUGUUGUGGUUCUAUUAAAAGUGUACUCUACAUAUGUGCAUACAUCUACAGAAAGGGGAUUUGGGUGCAGGUUACAUAUGUAAAUAUAUAAAGAACAUUUAAUACUGAUAUGAUUUUCAAAGCAUGUCCUCUUGUAUAGGUAUCACAAUUAACGACAUUGUGUCAAUUAGUUAUUAAAAAGAUAAAAGCUAUUCAUUUGUACAGAUCCGAUAUAGCCAGUUGCCCAGGAUAUGCAGUAUAUGGCUGUGUUUCAUAAAAGUAUGUUAAUAUAUCUUCCCUACUACCGUAACAUGGUAUGUAAAAUUAUACAAAAUAAACUUCAAACUGAAGCCUUAAAUUUUAAUUCUUUGAGCAACUUUAGGUUUAGUAACAUUAGUUUCAGUGCUUUUUUUAAAGUUUUAAUUCUGUUGCUGUGCUUUGAAACCAUUAAGAUCUUUGAACAAUAUAAAAUUAAUGCAAGAUUGAAUAUUUUCAGGAUGUCUGCACAGGAGUGUUUUAAGUCUAAAAUUAAAAUUGUAAAAUGUAAAAUCAUGUCAAAACCACCUGUUUAAUUUUACCAGUAAAAUGUGCCAUUUAUUAAUUGCCAGUGCAGACCAAAAAUCUGUACCAUUUAUUAAACUUCAUUUUAAAGAUAUUUUGAGUGGUUGCAUGUUGGUGCAAUUUGCACUUUGUAAAAAAAAAAGCAAGCUUGUUCAUUUGAGUGUUAGGUGUGGUAUGGGUGGAUUAUGAAUACAUGCAGAAAAUGACAUUGUGUCUAGAAUACUUUGUUCUGUAUUUAAAAAAAAUAAAAUGAUUUUAAACGGA